ACACUCUCUACGCGGCUCGGUCACUGUGAUACCGGCUAACGUUACACUCUGGAGACCCGUCCGCGUCCACUGUACAUUUUAGGGGACCCCGCAGGACAUUUGGAAGAGCCAGCUGCAUCUUCGCCACUUGGGGUUAGGAGCAAGGUGUGAACUGCCCAUCGAAUAGUAUCUGUUUUCAGUGUGCGUGCGCCAUGUCGUCUAAACCUCACCCUCCUCUGAUGAAGAAGCACAGUCAGACAGACCUGAUAAGCCGCCUGAAGAGCCGGAAGAUUCUUGGAGUCGGCGGCGAGGAUGAUGAUGGCGAAGUGCACCGCUCAAAGAUCAGUCAGAUGCUCGGAAAUGAGAUGAAGUUUGCAGUGAGAGAGCCUAUCGGCCUGAGGGUGUGGAUACUCAUCUCUGCAGUGGGGUUCACAGCUAUGGCCGCGAUGGCCCUAGUGUUUCCCAACCAGUUAUAUGAGGUUGUUUUUGAGGAGGAGCUCUCCACGACUAGCAUCUCUGUUCGCCUUUAUGGAGGAGCACUGCUUAGUCUGGCCCUUAUCAUGUGGAAUGGUCUCUACACAGCAGAGAAGAUCAUCAUCCAGUGGACUCUGCUAUGUGAAGCCUGCUACUUUGCUGUCCAAUUUCUUGUGACAUCCAUCACCUUAAUGGAGCUUGGCAUCCUGCCCGACGCUGCCAUUCUCCUGCUCCUCAGUCGGGUGCUCUUCCUGGUGGUCACCAUGGCGUACUACUACUCCCUGGGCCGUAAGUCGAAGAAGAUCUGAGCUGGCUGGUUGAUACUUCCAGGGAGGGGGACAGCUGAGCACAGCACAAAGAAAGUGGUCAGAAGGUUGGGAAUAUUAUUUGAUUGGGGCUUGGAGCAUUACUUUGCCCCCUGCCCCCUUCCAUGGGACCUACCUAUUGUAACCCCCAGUAUUCGAUAGAUGAGCACAGUCUCACGUUCCAGACUCUGCAACAAGAACGAGAAAUCUUAUAGUGAAAGUGAAUUACUCUUUCACUGGGCUUUGAGGUUCAGCCCCUCAUGACACGCAUCCCUCCUUGGUGCAGUUCUGACAGCUGUUAUAAAGAAGAAGAUGGCAGUUUGUAGUGCAUUGUUUUCUUGCGUCACCUAGUUAUGAUUUAAUAUGUACAGUGCAUCUUAGUUGUUUGUGUACAGCCACGUGAUUUCCUGAUUCAGUAUUUUGUGUAAAUGCAGUAAAUUUGCAUCUGGACACUGCUUUUUAAUCACUUGAGGACCAAAGUGUGUGUGUGCUCUUAGUUUCCUAUGACGCUGUUGAUGUUAACUCAUACUGUAUGUUUGCUUAAGUGAAGCUUGCAUAUCUGUGCUCUUGCAUGCUUCUCUGACGACUCCCCAUUGAACACAUUGAAUGGAAAAAGCAUCAACUGCUUCGUGUGAAUUCAGGCGCAGUCAGAUAAGCCAAAUGCUGGAUGAGUGACAAUUAACCUUUUCUGAUACUGCUGACGGCUUUCUUAGUCGGCACACUGAAGGUCCGUUUUUACUUUCAAUCAACCAACCAAAUUCAGAUUUAGACUACCCAAAACAAAAUGCUGAAUCUAAACAUUUUUCAGGGACAAAGUGUUGUUUUUUUAUUCCUUAAGUUCUACCAAAGUGAAUAGGAAGUGUAUUAGCUUGAAUAUUUACACGUCUGAGGUUAACAGUAAAUGGUUUGUAAUGUUGAGAAACGGUCAUGUGAACUGACUGGUAGAAGAGAAAUUGUGUAGUUCUCUCUGUGUGUGUGUGUGUGUGUGCGCGCGCUGGUAGGCAGGACUUUAGCCUGAGUGGUCUUACAGAAAGUACUUUAGCAUGCUGACCUGUGAUGUCACAAGCCAAGCAUGUCUGUGUGCAGAGCAAACAAAUCUAAGCUGGUUCCUCUUCGGUCAUGUAGCACAGGUUUUUUCACAUACACCUUAUUCUUAGCCUUAAAACUACUUAAAGAACAGUCAUCAACACUGCAUCCUACUUCUUGUAUAUAUGUAAAUUAAAGUAUUGGCUAUUAUGUGGCGGUCUCGUGAACAGGGAAUGUUUUUAAAUAUUUGUUAAAUUACUUUCAAAGAUUGCUCUUUCUCUUGGCGAGUCUUCUUUUCUACCUAUUUUAGUGACUUUUCAGUUUGUUUUUUACGUCAUGCAUGCAAUAUAAUCCACCAAAAGAAAUAGCUCAAACUGUGUAGCAAGCUGCCACCAACUAGAACGCAAAGCUGAUAAAUAAAGAUGUUAAUGGCGGUGAAUGAAUGGAUGCAUUGGCUAAAUAUAUUUUAAAAAAUAAUAACAUUUGUGCAUUAAAGCGGAUAUAACCCCACACUUGACAGUCUACGUUUCUACCUCACCCUCAGGUACGCAACCUCCCAGCUCCGUGUUUUAGAGCCGUGCCAGCAAUGCUGAUUUGUCAACUCAAAAAGGCCAGUAAAUAAGACGCACUUGCUCGAAAAUGGUGGACUCGUUUUGAGAUGUAUUUCGAGUCGAACAAGAAACCUUCUGUCGGCCUCCUCCAAAGGUGGUCCAUAUUGUUGCAAAUGACCACAUUCAGGCCUGCCCUAGAAGGGAGUGGUCCUGAGGUCAGGGUGAUUGUGGGUUUGCAGUUGCGAGUCCAGCGCUGAAGGCAGAUGUGCUUGUUACUUGGGUGAGCCUUCAGUUCAGAUAGGAAGACAUGAAACAUGGGUGAGGUCUGCCGUAUUCCUGAAAAGUUGUAAUUAUACUUUUUCAGUGUUUAAUUAGAUGCAGCUCUCCCAAGUGACAUUGUGUGCACCAACCUACUGCUCCGUCCUGACUCGCAUGGUAAUUAUGGAAGUUUAGAGAACAUGUCAUUCCAUUUCCGUCGAUACUACAGGCCUCAAAUCAUCAGUCCUGUGAAACGUUCAACGGUCUGUGAAGCAGGUUAUUUUAGGAGAGAUGGGCAGAUUCUGUGGGACGGGCAGAAAACGGCUUUCAUCCUCCUGGUUCUCUGACGUAAAUUAGUCCAAAUAUUACAUUGGCUAGUUGUGUCCUUUUAGAGGAAUAGUAAGUUCAACUAUUCAUUCCCCCUAAUGUAGAUCUAACAUAUAUUGUCUUUUUUUGUGAAUAUCAUACCAGGUGAAACUGUUUCAAGUUGUAGCAUUGUGUUUUUAAUGUAUACAUGUGCUAUAUUGUACCUCCAAAAAUGAAUUGUUGUGGAUUUCCACGUUUUAGUUUUAAAUAAAGGACACUGCUGUUUAUUUUAAAGCCU